UUGCAUUAACUGUCGUCGUCGAGAUAUCCAAAACAAAGUAGUUGUCAACACCAGUUACUCUUUGAAAAAUCAAACCUUUUAACUUAGGUUACAAUGGCAGAAUCCUUCUUCUCCGAUGCAUGACUCAACCCUCCCAUCCCCUCCAAAACCCACCCGCAGGAAACAAAAUCGAUCCAAAUGGCGACCUACGGCACAAUCCCCACCUCUCCCGGGGAAUCAUCACCCCUCGACUACAUCUCCCGCGCCAAAGCUCGCGGCCGAUCAGCUCUCGCGACUCGCCGGGCAUGGCGCGAGAUGCUCCACUUCCACUCUUUCUCCCUUCCGCUCGGCCUCGGCGAAACCUAUCUCCGGAUCCGAACCAACGCCACCUAUUUCGCCAUGAACUACGCAAUCAUCGUCCUCUUCAUCGUCUUUCUGAGCCUCCUCUGGCAUCCGAUCUCACUGAUCGUCUUCGUGGUCACGAUGUUCGCCUGGCUUUUCCUCUAUUUCCUCCGGGAUGAACCUGUUUUCAUUCUGGGGCGCACUAUCAGUGACCUAUUUGUUCUCAUCGCCCUGUCUCUAUUGACUCUCGUGCUUCUCCUGCUCACCAGAGCUACCAUGAAUAUUCUGAUCUCGUUGUUGAUUGGAGUGGUGGUUGUAUUGAUCCACGCCGUGUUUCGGAAGAAUGAUGAUUUGUUUCUUGAUGAGGAGGCGGCAGGUCCCGGUGGCUGGUACGCGGCCAUUGGAGAGGCAAGCGGUCCUUCACGGAGGUCGUAGUGAACUACCGACCAGGUCGGAUUGCAAUUUUAUUUAAUUAAUUACUGUUUGUUCUUUUGUUUCUGUAUUGUUUCGAUGACUUAGGGCUUUAUAUCUGAGAUGUUCUUGAAGAAGAAUGGAUUGGGGAUUAAUUA